GGCUGUUGCGUGCCUUAUUGCUUUAAUAGUACCGAAAAAGGAUUUUCAAUGAGGAGUUUUCCAUCAAAUGUAAUUCGAAGGGCAGAAUGGAUAGAAAAUAUUAAAAUCCACGGUGGUAAUCAAUCAUUAAGAUGGAAAUCCACAAAAAACUUAUUUGUAUGUGAAAUUCACUUUUCGGCAGAAAUGUGGGAAAAAGUACGGGUGGAUGGGAAAAAAAAGCUAAAAGCCAAUGCCAUUCCAACAAUCUUUUAUCCUCUCCAAAAUAAAGACAUUCCAACUGUAGAAGGAAACGUACAUAUUAUAUGUGAUAAAAAUACAAUACAAUCAAAUGAUAUUCUCGAGGUUUCUUCAUCUUCAGUAAAACAAUCCUCCACAGAUUUUGAUAAAAAAAAAUGCAGCUAAUAGUACAAAAAGAUUUCGGGAAAGUGAAAAUGAAGUAAAUACUUCAACAGACUCAAUGAUAUUUGUAAAUAAUAAUGAUACUGCACUUGUGAUUGAAUGGAAAAGAAAAUUAGAUGAAGCAAAUAAAAAAUUAGAGAUAGCAAAUAAAAAGAUAGAGAUGGCAAAUAUCAUCAUCCAUAAGAAUAACAAGACAAAAAGAAAUCUUCUAAAACGUCUACAACAAUUAAAAAAUUGUACUAACAAUAAGUCACAAAGAGAACUGACGACUCCUCUAGCAGCAGACUUAUUAUAUAUGGUGUUUAAUGAUGAUCAGAUAGAAUACCUUAAAGCUACACAUGAAAAACGUCGUUUAUAUAAAUGGACAGAUGAAACUAUUAAAAAAGCAGUACGGCUCAAACAUGCAUGUGGAGAUAAUGGAUACAAUGAGUUAUUAAAGCAACAUAUUCCUUUACCUUCACCUCGUACUUUGCGCAGACGAUUAGAAUCCAUUACUUUCAAAGAUGGAAUUUGUGAUGACAUUCUUGAAUUAUUAAAAGAAAAGGUAUUAAAGUUUCCAGAUGAACGAGAUACAGAUUGUAUGCUUUGUGUAGAUGAAAUAAGCUUAACACCAGGUGAACAAAUAGAUCCUUCCACUAAUCGCACUAUAGGAUAUGCUACAAUUCCCGAUAAUGUGGUAAAUGUUUGAUUUAGAAUAAAGCAAGUGGCAGACGAUGCUUGUUUUCUUGCUGUAUUGCUAACUGAAUUAAA